CAUUUUGAACUAGUUCCUUUUUUUUAGCUACAACCCGCGGCGCACGCGGUUUUUGUAUUUAUAAACAACGAAAAUAAAAUCAUGCUGGCGAAUAUAAGCGAGAAAAGCUAUGCUGCAGAGGCGCGCUACACGAACUUCUAUGCAGGUGGCGACAUUGCCUGGAGCGCGGAUGGCCAGCUCUUUUACUGCUUGAACGGAGCCGUUGUCAACCAAGUGGAUGUGCAAACUUCUCAGAUCCUGUGCAGUUUCGGAACAUCCUCCGGGUCUACCGAAAAUAAACGGACGGCUGAGGUUGACAACAUUGAGGUAGAGGAGGACACCAUCACUUGCUUUGGGCUGUCGCAGGAGCACUUGGUCACUGCGCACCGAAGUGGGCUCCUGAGGCUGUGGCAAUUGACCACCGGCAAGCUGGUGAAACUGUGGAAGGCUCAGCACAAAGGACCCGUCAUUCGGGUGGAGUUCAGUCCCUGCGGCCGCCUUAUUUGUUCAAGCGGCGGAGCGGACGCCACUCUGAGGCUAUGGGACUACUCUAACAACAGCUGCCUUGGCGCCCUGAAGGACUUCCCGGGUCCCGCUUGGCUCCUCGUCUUCCACCCCAAUGUUUUACGCAAGGAGAUCUUCGCCGCGGGAGCGGACAACACUGUCUAUGCCUGGAACUACGAGACCAAGACGCUGCUGCACAAGAUGCGGGGUCACCUUUCGCAGGUCACGGGCCUGAGCUUCAGGAGCACCGCAGCAGACUGCAAUGAGGUUGCGACCGUGAGCCGGGACAAGGUUCUGAUCGUCUGGCAGCUGGAGGAACAGUUGGAGAGCAAACAGCUAAAGGUUCUUCCCUUGUAUGACGAGCUGGAGGGACUAAUUUUCGUGAAUGAGGGACGCCAGAUUAUCGUGGCCAGUGGAGCGGGCAAGCUGCAACAGGUGGAUGCCCAGACCUGGAAAAUCAGGGAGAUUCUCUCUCAGUCUGACUUCCAGAUCAGCCGAUUGCUGCACUGCAGAGAACUAAACCAGCUCGCCCUGGUCACCACGGAGCAGAACAUCCUUGUCUUCGACGCCGCGAGCCUGACACCCGUUAAGCACUUGGUGGGCUACAACGACGAGAUCCUGGACAUGUGCUUCAUGGGCGAUAACGACCGCUACCUGGCCGUGGCCACCAACAGCAAGCACUUUAAGCUUUACGACACGGAACACGAUAUGAAUUGCAAGCUGAUCGUGGGCCACUCGGAUACGGUCAUGUCGUUGGCUGCCUCCCAGAAUUUGCUCAUUUCGGUGGGAAAGGACUGCAGCAUCCGGCUGUGGAGGCUCCAGCACGACAGGGACUGCUCGCUGGAGGCCCUGGCAGAGCAGGCGAACUGCCACACGUCCACCAUUGGGUGCGUGGCCAUGACGCACAACGGAGCCACCGGCUUUGCCUCCGUGAGCCAAGAUGGCAGCAUGAAGGUGUGGCAGCUGGCCAGGGACAAGGCGGAUCGCAACUCGUACUCCUUCAACCUGCGCUACGCAGCGCUCUCCCACGACAAGGAGGUGAACUGUGUGGCCUAUGCCCCGAACAACAAACUGCUAGCCACCGCUUCGCAGGACAAGACGGCCAAGGUUUGGCUAGCGGAUUCCAAUUCGCUGCAAGGCGUGCUGAGGGGUCAUACCCGCGGAGUGUGGAGUGUGCGCUUCUCGCCAGUGGACCAAAUCGUUCUCACCUCUUCCUCGGACUGCAGUCUUCGCCUUUGGUCGAUUAGCAACUUUGCCUGCAUAAAGCGCUUCGACCAGGAGUGCACUAUACUGAGAGCCGAGUUUCUAGACCACGGGAAGUUCAUUCUCUCCGCUGCUUCGGACGGUCUGCUCAAGCUGUGGAACAUCAAGACCAGUACAUGCCUGCAGUCCCUGGACGAGCACAACGACCGCGUUUGGGCUCUGGCGGUCUCCGGCAGGAGCAACCGUUUCUUCUACACCGGAGGAGCCGACUCCAAGUUAAUUCGCUUCGGCGACGUUACGCAGGCGACGCGCAACGAGGCGCUGGAUCAGCGGCAGGCUGUCCUGGAGCAGGAGCAGACCCUCCACUCCCUCCUGCACGCCCAGAAGCACCUGCAUAAGGCAUUUGUGCUGGCCUUGAACCUGAACAAGCCGAAGGCCAGCUUCGACAUCAUCAACCAAUUUGUCCGCGAGCGGGAUGAGCCCGGUCUUCGCCAAUUGGUGGAGCAGUUGAACGUGGACCAGCGUGUGGCACUGCUGCAGCACGUCAAGGCGUGGACCACCAACUCGCGACACUCGCAGGUGGGCAACCUGAUCCUGAAGCACUUGAUCGGCGACGCUUUGCAGGAUCCCAAGGCGCGGUUUUACAAUAACGGCAACAUGGUUGAGGUGCUCACACCCUACGUCCAGAGGCACUUCAAAAGGGUCACCGAGCUGAACAAGGAGCUGGCCUUCCUGGAGUUUAUUGUCAAGUGCAUGUAGACUAGAGCACUGCAGUAAUAUAGUUGAGUUAAAUUAGUUAUACGAAAAUAAAACGUACAAUCUAAUUGUU